AUGGGACGUUACUGCGUGAAGAGAUACAAGACCAAGAGAAGAACUAAGGAUUUAGAUAUCAUCUUUAAUGAGUUAUCAUCUAAGGAUAAGAUUCAACAACUUUUAAACCAACCACUUGAUGAGACUAAACCAGGAUUAGGUCAGCAUUACUGCAUACACUGUGCUAAAUAUAUGGAAAGUGCUAUUGCUCUCAAGACUCAUUUGAAGAGUAAAGUUCACAGAAGAAGAGUUAAGGACUUAAAAUCUAUGCCAUAUACGCAAGAAGUUGCAGAUGCUGCCAACGGUGUCAAUUUAAACAAAUUUUUGGACAGAGUAGAACAAUUAAAGAAUAAAACUAUUCCUGAAAAAUCUGAAAAUGAACAGCUCCUAAGCGGCCAUUUGGAAGAAGCUUUGGCACAUGCCAAAACAACCGAACCUACACUGCCGUGGGCUGGGGAUGAUAAGGAACAAGAGGUUAAGGAUAAGGACAACGACGAGGUUUUCAUGGGUUAA